UGACAAGCUAAUGGAGACUUUGCUGGAGGAAGAACCAACCAGCAACUGGUUCCAGGAAAUGUUUGAACUCCUAGCGACAUGGUUCAGUUCAGAGAAGGAGUGGGAGAGAGAAAGGGCCUUUCAGGCCAGCACCCAGCUGCUGACUGCCUAUCAAGAGACAGUUCAUAGCACAACUCAGGAAACUUUUAAUCAGUUUGGAUCUCUGAUUGGACGAAUAGCACCAUACAGCUGUGAUUCACUGGCCACGUCCCGUCAGCGGGUGGUUGACUGUAUCAGCUGCCUUCUCAGUAUGCAAGGCCAGCCCAUGAACCUGGGGUCAGCGGAGGAGGAGCUGAGCUGUCUCUGUGAAGAACUAACAACAGCUCCAGACCCUGAGGCUCUGUUUCAGGCAUCUUCCAAAAUGGCCAGGGUUGUUAGUGAGUACUUCCCUUCCGAACAGGCUGCAGACUUUAUUGAGGCCACAAUGGAUAGUAUGCUGUCUGCUAACCCCACCUGUGCCACGGCAGCUGGGCUAUGGAUGAAGAUCAUCCUAAAGGAGUGUGGAGAUGCCAUACUGGACCAGGUGCCAGCUAUCCUGGAUAUAAUAUAUAGCCACAUGUCUAAUAUCCAGGAGGGCAGCUUGAGGCAGUUCCUGCUGGAGGCAGUGCCCAUUCUAGCUCACCAGCACCUAGAGGCAGUGAUCUCCAGCCUCCUCAGCAAGCGUCUGCCGAUGGACAGUGACACCACUGAGCUGUGGAGAUCUCUGGGGGGGGACCCCUUGCUUGCCACUCAAGUCCUACAGGUCCUGAUAGAAAAAAUAAAGACGUCAACAAGCCAAGAAGGAAGCGUCACCUCAGAGACUGAAACUGACAGGCAUUUGGCAGUUGCUGAACCUCUCUCAGCAACAUGUGCCAUCUUUGAGGUGGUAUCAGCACUGCAGUCGAGCAAAGCUGUGCAGAAGCUGCUCCCAGAGUUGUUUCCUGUUCUCCUGCAGCAGGUCAGCCGAACUUUAGGCCAAAAGAUGCCUUUGCCAGUGAUCAGCAGUCAGGAGUCAUUCCAAAAAGACCGACAACAUACUGAAGGCAACCCUUGCCGGUUUUCUGUCCAAGCAUUUGAAUCCAUGCUUUCCAAAGUUGGGAAUGUGAGACUGAUGAGAGAACUCAGGGAGCAGGGAACGUGGAUUCUACUUGAAAACCCCCAGACUCACCAUGAGGGAGUGUGUCUGCUGGUGAGAGUUCUGCUAAGAUCUGAACUAGUAACACCUGAGAUCAUCCAAAGCCUCCUCGCCUGGGUGAAUUCCCCGACAGAAAACUACCGAGUCACCAGCACAGCUUUCCUUGCCCAGCUCAUGAGUGAUCCCAUGCUCAGGGAGAAGAAGUUCCUGAAGAGUGUCUUACGCGUCUUGGAAGAAAGGUCACAGGAUAGGAACAGCAUUGUCCGUCAGAUGGCUGUAAGAGGCCUGGGAAAUAUAGUCGAUGGGGCGCCUCAGAAGGUGAAAAAGCACAAGAAGUUUCUUCUGGACAUACUGAUCAGGGCCUUACAUGACAUUUUCAGUUCUGAAGUCAUUGGCGAGAGCAUGAAUGCACUGGCCAAAGUCCUGAAGCAACUGAAAGAGAAGGACAUCGGUUCUUCCUUCAGAGACCUCACCCAACAGAUCCGGACCUACUUUGACGAUGAGGAUGAUGCUCUUCGCUCAGUGGCCUUUGUCCUAUUUGGCAUCCUGGCUCAGUUGACAAAGAACAAAUGGAAGGCCUAUUUCACCGAGCAGGUUCGAAAGAGCUGGGUCACGCUUCUGCUGCACCUGCAAGACCCAAACCCCCAGGUUUCAAUGAAAUGCAGAGCUACAUUUCAGCUCUGUUUCCCGUUUUUGGGACUGAAGAGACUCCAACAUGUGAUUAAUAAGCACCUUGAUGACACAGCCAAGCUGAAUCCUACAGAACUCCAGGAGGACAUUUGCAGACACCUUGCCAAAGAGAAUUUAGAACUGCUGGAGAACUUAUACAAAACCACCCUCACGUACUUCUACAGCAGCUGGGAAGGGAUUCGGGCAGCUGCCGCCAAGUUAGCUGGCAUCAUCCUGGAACACAUAGACAUGCACCUUAUGAAAUGGCUGUACCGGGGAUAUCUGCUGAUGUAUCUCCAGGUCCUAGAGAAAGAUCCAAGUCCCACUGUUCAGCUGGUGGCAACCGAGAUCAUAAGUGACAUCCGUUCUGGUGGAGUGCUUGAGAAAUGAAGCGGAACGGAGACCAACAGAACAAGGCGCUCCAGUAGUAUAAGGGCCCUACCAUUAAUCAAAUGUUAAUGCCACCCCUUGACCCAAUAAGCCCUGCCCACCGGUCAACAGGGCCAAGGCGGACACAUGACCAGAAGCAAUAUGUGUCAUGUGACCCCUCUAAGAAUUCCUCUCACUGUCCUCUACCAAUCAGGAUGGGUUUCGCCCCAAUAGGAAUGCCCCGAGAGAAGAUUUGACCAAUCAGGGGGAGCUCCGGGGCAGGUGACCUGUCCGGAAGUGAUUUGUGUGACCCCUCUAAGAACUUCUCCCACCGCCGUCUACUGAUCAGGAGGGGUUUCAGCCACUGGGGAUCACCCCAAGAGGAGAUUUGACCAACGGGGGGGAAUUCUGGGGUGGGGUGACCCAUCCGGAAGUGCUUCAUGUGACCCCUCUAAGAACUCCUCCCACCACCCUUUACCAAUUGCGAUGGGUUUCAGCUGCAGAGGACUGCCCCAAGAGGAGAGUUGACCAAAAUAGGGUAGGUUCUCGGAAGGAGUGAACCGCCCAGAAGAGGGUCAUGUGACCCCUCUAAGAACUCUUUCCAAUGUCCUCUGCCAGUCAGAGUGCAGCACCAUCACCCCAUAAAUCCCAGCGCUGGGCAGAGGAGGCCAUCUCUUACCAAGAAGACAUGUUUUAUGAAUUGUGGAAAGGCUGAGAGGAGACAUGGACUCCUUUGCCACCCCCCUGAGAACUUCGGACUUUGUUUUAGCCCUGAGGACCUUUGGGCUUGUAUGGAUAAAGGGCUAUAGCAGUGACAGUUCUGAGGAGGGCCCUUUGACUCGACCAUUCAUAAAUACCUCAGAACCCGACCCCGAACCCUCAGGACAGGGCUGGCUACAGACACCAGCCCACCAGGCACAUGGUUGGUGCGGCACCUCGGGACGGGGCGGCACUCGCGGUUUGUUUUUGUUUUUUUGUUCGGUCAGGUGGCGCUGGGGGGAGGAGGGGCUUGGGAGGCGUGGUGCCAUGCUGGGGGGCAAGGACUUGAGUAGCGUGGCGCUCGGCUUGGGAGGGCUUCAGCGGCACAGCGCUCGGGGAGGCGGGGACUUGGGCGGUGUGACACUCAGGAGGGGCGGUGGACUUGGGCAGCACGACGCGAAACUGGGAGGGGGUGGGGACUUGGGUGAGGUGACGCUUGGAGGGGCAGGGACUUAGGCGAGGCGACGCUCGGAGGGGCGGGGACUUGGGCAAGGUGACGCGACGCUCGGAGGGGCGGGGACUUGGUCGAGGCGAAGCGACGCUCGGAGGAGGCGGGACUUGGGCGACGUGACGUUCCGGGGAGGCGGGGUCUUGUGCAAUGCCACGGUUGGGGGGGCGGGGUCUUGGGCGAUGCCACACUCGGGGGGGCGGCGCUCUUUGUUUUCGCUUGGGGCGGCAAAAACGUUAGAGCCGGCCCUGCCUCAUGAAGAACCCUGAUGAGUGUGAUGGCCUCUCAUUGUCCACGCCCCCAAAGUUGGAAGACGACAUGGCUUGGGGGAAUCACCAGCAGACAAGGUGAACGGGAAAGACGUCGCUCAGCUCGACGAUGCCUUUCAAGAGGCCUUUGAGAACUUACACAUCGGUAGCCCUGUCGUUCAUCAGCUGUUUUUGUUCCUGUCUGAGACGCAGAGCUCAAGAGGAAAAUCCGGAAAAGGACAAAAUAGAAAAAUGAACCAGAUCAGAGUCCCUCAUUGUAAGGGUCAUGGUGUCCAUUUUUACCGACAGCUGUCAAAGGUUGUGUUAAACCAGGCAAUUAAUUAAACUUAUUUAAAUGUGUCCAUA